AUGCUUGCAAGCUAUGGAGAAGAGUAUGAUCGCACCAAUCGGAGCUCGACCCACCACUCGAUCGAGUCAGAGAAAUUGAGAAAAGAUGUUAAGGCAUUGAAUGAGAAGUUGGAUAAGCUGAUCCUAGCUCAGUCCACAAUGAAGAAAGUCAACUUUGUGUCUGCUGAGGAGAUGGAACCAGUCCAAGAAGGGGAGGAUACACAAUUUGCUGAAGUGUGCUACAUGAGCAAUGGGCAAGGAGGUUACAACAAAGGAUACUAUAAUUACAAGUCCAACCCUGCCAUGUCAUACCGCAACACUGAUGUUGCUAACCCUCAGGACCAAGUAUAUCCUCAACAACAAGCAGCUCGAUCGAGUCAGGUGCCACAACAUGGGUAUGGUCAAAAGAACAAUUACCAAGGACCACAAGGCACUUUCCCUGGACAACAAAUGAAUAUCCCACCAGGCUUCCCCCACCAACCGCCCCAGCCUGCACCUUCACAAGAGAAUGAGCUCAAGGCAAUGCUAAAGCAACUACUUCAAGGGCAAGCUGAUGGGCAAGGACAACUACCUGGUAAAGCUAUUCAGAACCCCAAGGAACAGUGCAAGGUCAUCUUCACUCAAGAAGGACUUGUUGAAGAAGAGGAUCAAGAAAGGGUCAUUGAAGAUUUUUGUUUACUGCUGAAUGAUGAAGAGAUUGUUGCUGCUGAGGCUCCUGGAGUCCAGAUUGAUCAACCAGAAGUGCAGGCACCUACUGUGGCCAUUCACACUUCACCAGUUGAGCUCGCACAACAAGCUCGAUCGGCAGCUCGAUCGAGUCCAACUCUAGCUCGAUCGAGUCCGACCUCUUCUGUCCGACAGCCAUUUUGCUUGAUCCUUACCAACCGGUUGCCACUUCCUCGUCUCGCCUACUUAGUCAAGGUCACAAGGAAGUGA